AAGAACGUGAAGAUUUUUUGUGGCUUGAGUUGCUGCUCAUCACGAGUUGGGAACGCCAAAACCUGUCUUAAUUAUUGACUUUGGAAGACGGUUAGUGAACCAAAAUGCCAGUUACUGGCAAAAACCAGAGUAAUGCUCCGAUAACGGAGCAGAUUUCAGAAAUCACUCGUAAAAUAGCUUUGCUGGAUGGUGAUCGUAAAGCAUACUACGAGAGCUCGCAAUGGACAAUCAACCAAAACCGAGAGACCAUCAGCAAACUACGCAAGGAGAACAAGAUGCUGCACAAGCGUCUAGCCGACAGCAAGGCUGGGGAUGAGAGGGUCAUCAACACAGCCUUCAAGGACCGCAAUGUUGAGAGGGCUUCCCUCAGAGGCAAAUCGGGAAAGGAAGCGAUACUCAACAUGGACCAGAAGGUGUGCGAGGCUAAGAAGCGAUUGAACUACGAGAAUGCCCAGACAAUGAAGAUGCAGAAGAAACUGACUGAGCUGGAGACACAGUUGGCCCAGAUGAGGAAAGAUGCCUCAGAUGCAGAGGCCAUGGAUGCGGGCACCUCGGAGGAAGCAAUGACCUUGCGCUCACUAGAGAACCGUCUGGACAAGGCCCUCUUGAAGCUACACGAGGCGGAGCACAUCAACCGCACUUACCUGGCCAUCAAGGACCAGAUGGUCAAGGACAGCCUGACCUUUGGCAAUGACCUGGAUGAUAUGGAGGCGGAGAUCGAGAAGCAGAAGCAAGAGCUGAAAGACCUGCAGACUAUGAACCGCGACGCCCAGAUCUCCCGUGACCAAGCAAAGGCCGAGCUCGCCAAGCAUGAGGAGACCGUCUACCGUGAGAAACGAGAACGAGAGGAAGCCCUGACUGACCUCAGGAAGCAAGCCGAAGAGAAAAAAGCCCACGCCGAGAGAGUGGAGAGACGGCUUCACCGAGCUUCCAUCCAGCACGAUGAGCUCACUGCUGAGCAGAAGCAGUUGAUCAGUGGAGAGGAACAGGAGAAGAAGAUUGGCUCCUACGAGGAAGCCUUCCUUGCCAUCAAGGAUGCAACAGGGGUCAGUGACCUCCAGGAGGUUGUGUUGCGGUUCGAGUCACAAGAAGAAACCACAAAGCACCUCGAGGAUCUCAAGGACAGCGGGGAGAAGCAGGUGAAUCGUCUCAAAGAGGAGAAGGCCAAGCUACAGCGAGAGUUUGAGGAGAUGAAGUACUCAGGGGAGGCGAGAUUAUCUAGUGGACAGAGGAUGCUGGAGCAAUUCCAGGCCCACUUGAAGAACGAGGAGGACCGAAGGACCACCUCCCAAGACAAACUGGACAAGUCCAGUAAGAUCCUGGUCAACGUCAAGUCAGGAGUGGAGCAUCUAGCUGACAAACUGCAGCACCUCAAAGCUAGCAAAGGUCACGUUCCCCAGGCUCAGCUAUCUCCGACGUCUGAUGAGUUUGUCUUGGACCUCCUGUCAACCUGUGAGGAGAAGCUCCUGAAAUUGAUGGAGGACCUCGAUGGGCAAGACGUGGACGAGACUCUCCAGCAAAUGGAAGAAGAGGAGUUCCAUGUGGGUAUCGAGGGCCAAAUGCCUCAAUACAACACACGAAUCAAGCUUGCUGCCAUCUCAAGAGACACUGCAUAUGAUGAUGAUGAUGAAAGCGGCGAUGAUGAAGACAUCAUCACAAGGAGCCAACUCAAGAAGCAGGCCCAAACACUAGUGGACUCCAAGACCAAGAAACACAAGGUCCGCGCCCGCAAGAAGAAGGGCAAGUAGAGCCCUCAACGAAUGCUCCUUCCCCAAGCAGAACUGACAUUGAGUCACCAGGGCACCAGACUUGUCCAUCACCUUUCAGCUUCUCUCCCAUGGAAUUAAAAGUUUUGCCCAGUUCUGUUGCCUCUAUUGUGUAUAUACUGUAGUGUUAAAAUGAUCACAUGUACAUUUUAUUAAUCUGUAAGAAUUGAGACAUUACUAGAACAUUUACUUUGCAAAGUGUAGUUCUGUUCCCAAUUGUGGCAUUUAUAAAAAAACAAAAAAACCAAGAUUUAUGGGAAGUAAAUUUGAGCCAAGAAUUUCUGCCGGGCUGCUUUGCCAGCGCGAAGGUUUGUUGUCGGUCUUUUCUAACGAUUUCGCAAUUCGGUAGUUUGGGUGUUACAUUUUUUGACAGGCGGAGUUGUAGGAGGGGAUACAUCAUUCAGUCAUAAACAUUUGUAUGUCUUAAAACGCUCCGAAAGCGUGGUUCCCCAUUGUGUGACACCCAUAUUUUGUUAUAAAAAUGGUUGCGUCUAACAAGUUGAAAGUGCUUUUGUCCAAAUGUGUAAAUAUCGAAAAAAAUUCGUGGAAAGUGUCGUUCGAUAAUAAGCAUAAAUGUAUUUCAAAUGGGUGUUUUGGGGUGUAAGCAUACAGGAUGUAGCAGGGUUUGUUAUGGACAUGUACAUUUGCAUGCAGGUGCAUGUACAUGUAUUUGUGCGUGAAUGCUGUGACAAUAUCCGUCCAUGGCGAUGACAGAAUUCAGGUCUGUGUUUAUGUACAUUCGUAAGCCUACAGCUUUGAACAUUCAAAAGAUUUUAAUAAAAGAAAAUAUGUUGCUGUCGACCUGA